UCCGGACCUCUAUCCUUCUCCCACCUGUUUCACGUUUUCUUCUCCAAUGGCGUCUCUCUCCUUGUCGUUUGAGAGACGGAGACAGAGACAGAGGAGAGUUUCACGGGAUUUGGAUUCACAUUGGAUGAGAAUCCGCAUUGUUUAAAUUUUGAAAAUAUUUCAGAAUCAUGGCUUUGAUUUCGAAUUCUUGUUGUUUUUCCUUCUGCUCGAAUCACGGUGCUGUGUUCUAUAUCUUGAUUCGGAUUGGUUUUACCGCUUCUUUCUUCUUCCGCUCAGCGUUGCUGUUGUGAUUUCUUUGAUGACGAGCUUUAAUUUUGAUCUCAACAAUGACUGUUCACCUUUCUCUAGAAGCCUCUAAGCUAUGGAGAAAAAUAUGCGUCGAAGCGUCCAUAGAAGUUUCGCUUCUUGCCGGAAGCUGGAAAUAUAUCCUUGCUGGCGUUGUUUUUCAGUAUAUCCAUGGUGUGGCUGCUCAAGGAAUUCAUUAUUUGCACCGGCCCGGGCCAACACUCCAGGAUACUGGAUACUUUCUUCUUCAAGAGCUCGGUGAAGACAAAGCUUAUGUUAGCGAGACUGUUUUCUCCCUCAUAUUUUUUUCUUUUGUGCUGUGGACAUUUCACCCAUUUGUUUAUCAGAGCAAAAGGAUCUAUACAGUUCUGAUAUGGUGCAGAGUUCUUGCCUAUUUAGUUGUACGUAUAAUAUCAUCACCAUCACCUCUCGUUAAUUUUUCUUGAUAUUCUACCCUUUCAUGAAUACUUGAUGGAUGGGUUUUUACAUCUUUUAAGGAACACAAUUGUUGAUGGUUCGGAGGGAGUCCCACAUUGGCUAAUUAAUGGGUUGAUCAUGGGUUUAUAAGUAAGGAAUAGAUCUUCAUUGGU